AUGCAGGACGAGGUGAGGUUUGCCGCCUUCAGCGCCAACCUGCGGGCGGCGGAGGCGCACAACGCCAGGCCCGGGGUCGCCUUCUCGCGCGGGAUCAACAAGUUCUCAGACCUGACCUUCGACCAGUUUAAGGCGACGGUCCUGAUGGUUGAGAGAAGCACCGCAGAGCUGCCGCGGCUGCUUGCCGGCGCACCACGCUGGGAGGGGCCCGAGGAGGAGGAGGAGGAGCAGGAGUCCGGCCCCUCCCGCAGGCUGCUGCGCCAGAGGUCGCCCACCGCCACCGCCGUGCCAGCAGCCUUUGACUGGCGCCAGAAGGGCAAGGUACCGGCGGUGCGGGACCAGGGCGGGUGCGGCAGCUGCUGGGCGUUUGCGGCGGUCGGCGCCAUCGAGAUCCGCGCCCGUAUCGACGGAGUGGCGAGCAGCCCAGACGCCUCGGAGCAGCAGAUGGUGGACUGCGUGACCCAGGCGGCGGGAUACUGGUCCAUGGGGUGCGACGGAGGCUACAUACACGAGCCCUUCCAGCUCGCUUCCACCCUGUUUGCCUCCUCUGAGGCCUCCUACCCGUACCUCGACCAGCACGGCGGUGUCUGCCGUACGCCCGCGGGCACCUCUGCGCCCUCCGGCGCGCUCAAAAUGAAGGCCUGGCCGGGCUAUACUGUCGUUGCCGCCGACCCGGCCACCAUCAUGAAGGCGGUGGCCACCACAGGCCCCGUGGUGGUGCUCUUUGACGCCAGCGACAGCUUCUACGCCUAUGCUGGAGGCAUCUUUCCGGCAGCGGAGUGCCGCGCCGACGCGUACAACCACGCCAUGAUUGUGGUGGGGUACGAUGCCACCGCCGGCGUCGGCUCCCCCAAGUCUUACUGGAUCAUCAAGAACAGCUGGGGCUCGGACUGGGGCGAGGCGGGUUAUGCCAGGGUGCAGAUGACCACGGAAGGCGCCUGCGCCAUGUACAGCUCUCUGCUGCUUCCGACGGCCACAGUCAACCCCAUUCAAAAGCGUUGCACGGGGAAGAAGUGUGGCGGGUAG